AUGUCUAGCCCCUCCGAUAAUGGCUCUGGUCAGCCUCAACUGCAUUCGAUUCGGUCGUUCACCAGGAUGGAGAGUUCAGAUGUUAGCCCCCCGGCUUCCGUCAAGCCGGCAAACGAGCCGGUAAAGGCCAGCGCACAGCUGCCGCCAACGUCUCCCGAUGGCGAUAAGCAAGCAAACGGCCCCGAUGUCUUCGAAAAGCGAGCUUCUGUAGAUCCCGAUGCUGCCGGUGAAGGACAGGCAGAUGAGGGUUUUGUGUUAUCGCGAAGUGUGCAGGAUCCCUCUGAGGAGCUCCCCAUUGAGCUGGUGAGCCUGACGGAUCGGUUCAUCAACUCGUUGAGUGCCAAAGUUCAUAACUCGCCUCCCACGAUCGAGAAAAUCUCUUCCCUGUUCCAAGUCUUCUACGACCGCGCCGAAUCUCAUAUUGCCACCCAUAUAUCCACACUUGCAUCUCGCAUCAACCGUGAAGCGUCGCCUCAGGUCCCUCCCAGGACAAGAGGAAGCGGCCUAUCAAGACUGGCCAACAAGCGCUCUCAGGAUGAUGUCCGGCCGAGUGGUUUUGGUCGACAGAUGCUGACUGCGGAAGAGGUCGAGGAAAGACGCAAGGCUCGCAAAGCUCUUGAAUACAAACGAGCUGCGAUGGAAGAAGCUGCAGAGCGGAGGGUCUGUGAGCUUGUGUACGACAAAAUCUGGAGGCACAAAAGUACAUUGGAUGAAGUUCGGGAUGAAAAGUUGCGUUCCAAAACUGCAGCCUUGCUGCUUGUGGGAAUCAAUCUAAAAGACUUGGGUAUCGACUUGGAUAUGUCAACGAUUUCUGAAAAUGAACAGCAGGAGGCCAAUGAUUACCUUGCCCAGGCGCGGGAGAGCCUUGAAAAGAUGAACGACCAGAAAUAUCCUCUCGGUAAACUUCAACAGCUAGCAGCUGCCCACAAAGCUAUUGUCGAUGCUCUUACCAAAAUGCUCCCUUCGUCAUCUUCUGCAGACGAGAUCCUACCCACAUUGAUCUAUUCUCUUGUCACUUGCCCGCCGGAGGGAAUCAAUAUUGUCAGCAACCUGAAUUUCAUCCAGCGGUUCAGAUCUUCAAACAAGAUCGACGGCGAGACUGCGUAUUGUUUGACUAAUCUUGAGGCCGCUAUCAGCUUUUUGGAAAACGUCGAGCUAUCCAGCUUACGCGCAGAUGAGCUGCAAGAAGGUCCUCUCAAAACUCCAAGUGAGGCCGCCACGCCGUCCUCCGAGCGAGUCGAACCUUUCCGACCGACCAAAGAAAUUACCACUUCAUCACUUACGACUGUGUCUGCGGAAUCUGAGAUCUUACAGCCCGAGGUCAAGCAGCCAGCAUCUUCCACGUUGCCUCGGCCUCGGCCUUCCCCAGCACCGCAGCAGAGACGCUUGAGCAAUCUCUUCCAACCCCCGGCAAAGGUCUUCGAAGCUGCCAAUGAUGCAGUUCGCAAUACCGCAGACCAAAGUUUGAAGAACAUCGGCGCAUCGCUUGAUAAUAGCUUUAACUUCCUAUUUGGCCGCCUCAAAGAACUGCAGAUCACCCAAGGACCCAAUUCACAAGGGAAUGAGACAUUGUUGCCGAAGACGUUGGCUGAAGCCCGCCGUCUAGUUUCAAACCCACCGGCCAACAAGCAGAACCUCACACCAGAAGAGUUGGCCUCCAUAAAUGCCAUCACUGUCGACGAGGCCGCGCAAGCACGCAGCAGCUCAAGCGCUACUGGACUCACCAGUGGAGAUCCAACACCUCGCGACCGAAGCACCGACAGUUCAAGAACUCAAAACAGUGGCAAGAAAUCCGUUGGUACUUCACUACGAGAUGAACUUGCCCCGUCCCCGGCUGCAACAGCGAGUCCCAACCCGCUCGAAUCAAUGCGAAGCUUCGGAAAUACCCUCAACCCUCUCAACCACAUACCCGGCAUGAUCAAGAACUUUGGCCGCAAUACCCCAGAAACACCCAAUGCUAGAUCGGUGUCUCCUGCAGCAAUGGACCGCCUCAAGAUAUCACCUCUUUCGGUUGGGGCUAACGGAGCAGGGAGCCCUCUCCCUGCAUCCUCGAAUAUCGAGCCUCCGAUACAACGGUUUCUGGAAACGAAGGAUGCAAGCGAUCUCCGUGUGGGAGACGUGGCUGUCUUACUUCAAGAUUAUAAACGACUUGCGGCUGCGCUCUACAGGCCUGGUCCAGGGCCUCAAUGA